CCGUGUUAAACCACAAUAUAACUGAGUCUUAGUAAAAACAAAAACAAAGAAAGAAAUCCCAUUUGGUAGAGUUAUAUUUUGAGAGCUAGAGUAAUGGAGGAUUUCCCACCUGGGUUUCGGUUCUACCCAACUGAGGAAGAGUUAGUCUCAUUCUAUUUGCAUAACAAGCUAGAAGGGACCAGAGAAGAUUUGAACAGAGUUAUGGACCGGAUUAUACCGGUUGUGGAUAUUUAUGACUCUAAACCAUGGGAACUCCCACAGUUUUCUGGAGAUCUAUGCCAUGGAGACCCAGAGCAGUGGUUUUUCUUCAUUCCAAGACAAGAAAGUGAAGCUCGUGGUGGAAGACCAAGGCGACUCACGCAAACUGGGUACUGGAAAGCUACCGGGUCUCCUAAUUAUGUUUACUCUUCCAACAAUCGCAUUAUUGGGUUGAAAAGGACAAUGGUUUUCUACAAUGGAAGAGCUCCCAAUGGAACAAAAACGGAGUGGAAGAUGAACGAAUACAAAGCCAUUGAAGGAGAAGUGUCCGCAUCAACCAGUGCAGCUCCUACGUUAAGGCAAGAAUUUAGCCUCUGUAGAGUGUACAAGAAAUCAAAAUGCUUAAGAGCAUUUGACAGAAGGCCUCCUGCAGUAAUAGUAAGUGAGCCAGCAGCUCAACAAGUUCCUCAAAGUGAUGAGGCAACACCAUCUCGUUUGAACCCUUCAUUGACAGAGAGAAUAAGCUCACCGGAUAGUUCAUCCUCAGGAGACCAAGGCCAACUCUCCCAGCCUGGUGAAAGUACUGGAAACAUGGCUGUUGAUAACGAGACUUUUUGGGAUUUUGAGCAACUGAACUGGUUCCAAGGGCUGGAUUAAUAGUGUAACUGCUAAAUGGAGAGUCUGGAUUCAGCUGAAUCAGGUAUCCAAAUAUGUGUAAUAAUAAUCGAAACUGUAACCUGUAGGGCUUAAUCCACUUAAGGAAAGUAGGGUUUGACAAGUCUUUGAAGGGACCGACUUCUUUGUUUUAUUGUCUUGUAUCUUUCCUUUAUUGCCAGAGGCAUAAUGAACUAGAGCUUUCUCUAGUUAUUGGUUUAGGGAAUGUAUAAUAAUUUAACUAAUGUGUCUAAAUGAUUGCUUACUCAUUACUUUUAUCUCUAUUUAUGA